AUGGGGCUGCUGCUCCUGAUCCUGGGCUCGGCCGCGCUGGGCGCCUUCCUCACGCUGCUCGUGCAGUUCCUGCUGCUGUUCCGCCGCCAGCCCCAGGCGCCGGCCGACGAGGCGUUCCGCGCGGCCGACGGCGUCCGCUCGCAGCCGCCGGCGCCGGGCCUGGCCCUGCGGGACUACCUCUAUGGCGGCGCGGGCGGCGGCGAGGGCGGCGUUGGCGCGGAGGAGGAGGCCGGCGGGGCCCCCGAGGGCGGCGGCGCGAGCCCCGAGCCCCCCGGGCCGCCGGCCGAGACGUGCUACUUCCUCAACGCCGUCAUCCUCUUCCUGUUCCGCGAGCUGCGGGACACGGCGCUGGCGCGCCACUGGGUGACCAAGAAGAUCAAGGUGGAGUUCGAGGAGCUGCUGCAGACCAAGACGGCCGGCCGGCUGCUGGAGGGGCUGAGCCUGCGCGACGUGUUCCUGGGCGACGCGGUGCCCGCCAUCCGCGCCGUGCGCCUGCUGCGGCCCGCGGCCCCGGCCCCCGCCCCCGACGCGCCCUUCGCCUGCCCCGACGAGCUGGCCUUCGAGGCGGACGUGGAGUACCACGGCGGCUUCCACCUGGCCAUCGACGUGGACCUGGUGUUCGGCAAGUCCGCCUACCUGUUCGUCAAGCUGGCGCGCCUGGCCGGCCGCCUGCGCUUCGUGCUCACGCGCGUGCCCUUCACCCACUGGUGGUUCGCCUUCGUGGGCGAGCCGCUGCUCGACCUGGAGGUGCGCUCGCAGUUCGAGGGCCGCCCCAUGCCGCAGCUCACCUCCAUCAUCGUCAACCAGCUCAAGAAGGUCAUCAAGCGCAAGCACACGCUGCCCAGCUAUAAGAUCAGGUUUAAGCCAUUUUUUCCAUUCCAAACCUUGCAAGGAUUUGAAGAAAAUGAAGAGGAACAUAUCCACAUACAGCAGUGGGCACUUACUGAGGGUCCCCUUAAAGUCACAUUAUUAGAAUGUAGCAGGUUACUCAUUUUUGGAUCCUAUGACAGAGAGGCAAAUAUUCAUUGCACACUUGAGUUGAGCAGUGGUGUUUGGGAAGAGAAACAAAGAAGUUCUAUUAAGACGGUUGAGUUAGUAAAGGGGAAUUUACAGAGUGUCGGACUUACACUUCGUCUCGUCCAGUCAAGUGAUGGAUAUUCUGGGCACGUCAUCAUAGAGACUGUGGCCCCAAACUCACCUGCUGCCAUUGCCGAUCUUCAGCGGGGAGAUCGACUGAUUGCUAUUGGAGGUGUGAAAAUCACAUCCACACUUCAAGUGUUGAAGCUUAUCAAGCAGGCUGGUGACCGGGUCCUGGUCUAUUAUGAAAGGCCUGUUGGCCAGAGCAGUCAAGGAGCAGUGCUGCAAGAUACUUUGGGCCAGCUGGAAGAAAACCUUCUACCGAGCUCAUGCCAAUCAAAUUAUGAUGAGGAAACAAUUGGGUUUGCAGUAGAUGCUAAAAGCAAAGACUUGGAUUCUGAAUUUGAAGAUUUGGCCAGUGAUGUCAAAGCACAGAAUGAGCUCAAAGAUGAGGCACAGUCUCUAAGUCAUAGUCCCAAACGUACUCCAGCAACACUUUCUGUUAAACCCCUUGGAACUGUCUCACCAGUUUUAAAUCGUAAACUGGUUACAGGAAGUCACUCACCACCACUACCAAAACUUCCAUCCAAAGAAGGAAAUAAACCCUUAGCUCCAAAACCUGAGGUAACAGAGCCAGUGCAAGUGUCAAAACCCACCCAAGGAUCCACCUUCAAACCACCUGUGCCACCACGACCUCAACUGAAAGUUCCUUUGCCUUCUGCAGAGGCCCCAAUUCCAACAGAACCAGACGUUCUUGUGGAAAAGCCAGAGAAGGCCCUGCCUCCUUCUGCUGCAGAGAAAUCUGCUGAGAAACAAACAAAAAACCUGGAUCAGGUUGAAGAUGCAGCUGCUGCAUCGAAGCCAUUUUUAGCAAAGCAAGAAUUGCCGAGAGAAUUUACUUCCAAAAGCUCCUACCCUUCUAAGGAUAGUUCGGAUGACUCUCAAAUGUGGGAGUCGUCAGAAAUUCCUUACCGUAAUAAGCUAGGAAAGUGGACAAGUACCAGAGCAACUUGUUUCUUUCACAUCUUUCACAUAGAAGCCAGUCAUAGAUACUUAAAUGUUGCACUAUGGUGCAGGGAUCCUUUCAAGUUAGGAGGCCUCACCUGUUUGGGACACGUUAGUCUGAAACUGGAAGAGGUGGCGUUAGGCUGUCUUUCCACAGCAAACAUGGAAUACCUUUCCAAAUUCCGGCUGGAGGCACCCUCUCCGAAAGCUGUGGUCAGUAGGACCGCAUUACGCAAUCUGAGUAUGAAAAAAGGAUUCAAUGACAAAUUUUGCUUUGGAGACAUUACUAUUCACUUCAAGUAUUUGAAAGAAGGCGAAUUGGACAACCAACAUGUAGUUCCUAACUUGGAGAAAGAAAAAGAACCCUAUUUGGUUGAAGAGCUUUCUGUUCUGCCUAAAGAGAAUCCCUUUGUGGGACAGGUGAGCUUAGCAGAAAAUAAACAUAGUUUCCAGGAUACUCAGUUCCAGAACCCAACUUGGUGUGAUUACUGUAAGAAAAAAGUUUGGACUAAAGCUGCUUCCCAGUGUAUGUUCUGUGCUUAUGUUUGCCAUAAAAAAUGUCAGGAAAAGUGUCUGGCUGAGACUCCCCUUUGUGGGGCUAUGGAUAAGCGGAUAGAUCGGACCCUAAAAAACCUCAGGCUGGAAGGACCAGAAAGCCUCUUGGGCCUACCUCGUGUUGAUGCUGAAGUUAGCAAGUCAGUGAAUAAAACAACAGGUUUGACCAGACAUAUUAUUAAUACUAGCUCUCGUUUGUUAAAUUUGCGGCAAGUCUCUAAAACUCGACUUUCGGAACCAGGAACUGAUCUAGUAGAACCUUCCCCAAAACACACCCCCAACACAUCUGACAAUGAAGGUAGUGACACAGAAGUCUGCAGUCCCAACAGUCCUUCUAAACGGGAAAACCAUGCAGGCAUAAAGCUGGUGAGAAAGGAGGGUGGUCUAGAUGAUAGCGUUUUUAUUGCAGUGAAAGAAAUCGGCCGUGAUCUAUAUAGGGGCUUGCCCACGGAAGAAAGGAUUCAAAAACUAGAGUUUAUGCUCGAUAAACUGCAGAAUGAAAUUGAUCAAGAACUGGAGCAUAAUAAUUCCCUACUUAGAGAAGAGAAAGAGACAGUUGAUUCAAGGAAAAAAUCCCUUCUCUCAGCUGCUUUGAUUAAAUCAGGUGAAAGACUACAAGCUCUCACACUUCUUAUGAUCCAUUAUCGAGCAGGCAUUGAAGAUAUGGAAUCCUUAGAAAGUCUGUCUUUAGACUCUAAAAAAAUCAGCAAAUACACAGAUGAUACAGAAGAGAACCUUGAUAGUGAGUUAAGCCAGCUAAUAGAGUCUCAACCAUUCAGCAGCAUAUCCGAUGACUUAUUUGGCCCAUCCGAGUCUGUGUGACAACUAUUUAAACUACUUAAACUUUGAAAGGAUUGAGGAAAAGGUGCCUCUAAUGUUCCACCCAUACAAAGACAUUAAGCAUUCUCAACACACUUUGGCCUGCUUCCAGACAGUUCUUUGCUUGUGCAAGAACAAGGAGAAAGAUUGUUUUCCAGCAAAACUACAACCAGAUCACUACAUUGGUUGUUUCAGGUUGCAUUUCUAGCUAUGCUUUUUUGGGUUUAUACUGGGAAUUUAUUUUUAUUAAUUUAUUUUUAACUUUUCUAAUUAUGUGAGCUAACUUUUCCUGUUUAUGUAUAUGUGCUGUCUUGUGUGAUUUUUCUUCUUAGUUUUGGAUUAGUGUCACAUAAGAUACUGUUUGAAUUCUUAGUGUAUGCUCCUUUCCUUCACGGUUACCGCAGCAAAUCUGCUGCAUGCCCUAUUGACAACAGUGAUCACUGACGGAACAUGAAGCUUAUCGUCUCUAUUUGCUUGACCUUUUUCUGAUUUGGGGCCUGAAUGGGGUGCUUUUUUGUUUUUGCCAAAUGUAAUAUGAAAGCAGGAACUGCAGCUUUGAUUGGUGAUGUGAAUUUAGUUUUAUUUUUCAUUGAUAUAUUGCUUGCUUUCUAUGCUUCUGUGAUCCUUUUUCUCAAGUUUUUGUGCAACUGAAGAGUUUGCAUUGAAAAAUUAAAACGUGAUAGGGAAUAUAUAGGGAUGCAAUUGGUCUAGACUUUUGUAAUGAGGAUAACAUUCUUAAACAGUAGGCAGUAGAAAUUUGAAGUAUUCUUCGAAGUGUUGAUACUUUUCUUUUAGAUGGAAAUUCUUAACAUUUAUAAUUCUUUUUCAUCCUCAGUUCUCCCCUAGGAGAUUAAGCAUGUGUAAAUUUCAGGGAUUUUUUUAUUUUAUUUUUUUCAGGGACUGUUUUUAAAUCACCAUAUUGAUAACUGGUUUUUGACUGUCUUGUCUUAAAAUUAAUUCCAUGCAGGAGACUUAAUUUGUAAAGGAGAGGAAUCAUGUAAAUAGAUUUGUUGCUUUGUCAUAAAUCCUAUAAGCUUAAAGG